UCGUAAAGAUUUGUUCGCGUAUAUUAGGCAACAAGAAUUAGAUUUCUAUUCAGAGCACGAAGCAAAUUAGAAACGGAGCGCGUAUACGUGUGCCAGUUUUUGUAGAAGUCUACGUUUGUUCUUUUGAGCAAGAACCGAGAAACUUUGGUUUUUAAAGCUUCAAGCAAAUCAAAGAAAAUCCUGAGAAAAAACUGGCCAAGCGAAAAAGACUUUUCGCAUCCCGUCUGUGAGGAUUUUAAAGCGAGGAUACAGUGCAUCGGAACGAGUGAAGCGGAAACUUCUGUUAUUAUCGGCAACAUAUAUUAAUAAACCAAAAUGAAUGAGGAAUGAAAACAGGCAAAAAAAGGACGACAAACAGGAACUAAAACAUUUACCGAGAAAUGCGACAUUCAGUAAGAGCUUCAUGUGGGAAGGUGACAGAUACUUGAACUUGGAAUACCGGCUCUUUGCUUAAUCAAGAAAAAAUCCUUGGACAAUCAAAUUACUCUGCUUGGCAGAGACUUCCUUACUCCCUACUCUAAAGCAAGCAGAGUAUUGGACAAUAUAUUAUCGUGGGAUUUGAAAUGGAAAUUAGACUGUAUGGUAUUUAUUAACGAGUUCAAAAAGAAACUUUGAAUACGAAACCAUUCUUCCUAAGCAUCGGUUAACUAGAAAGGAAUACUCAAUAUUAGAAAGUAUCGAGGAAUGCUAAGGGAAAACUCGAGCUAAGAUUGGUAACUUUCUCGGACGCGUAUGUAACAAAGUUUAAGAAGAAAACACGCACUAGAAGUAGUAAAAAAGCACAAUGGACCAAACAAAUCUCGAAGACCUGAGAAACUGGAGAGAAAGAACAAGCCACCGAACAGAAGUGCAAAUCGUUUUCGAAACGUUUUUGUUCGUGUUGCUCGAAAUCGUUGCCAUUGGUGGAAACGUUAUGGUCCUUGCUGCAGUAUGGAGAAGCAAGUCCCUGCGAUCCAUCACCCAUCAAUACAUCACCGUACUAUCCACUGCUGACCUGUGUGUUGCUCUCCUCGACUUCUCUUUGUGUGUUGCUAGCUCCACCACCGGGGAUUGGCCAUACGGACAGGUAGCCUGUCAYAUACAGGGAACUAGCAUUCUUCUAUGGAGCACGUUCUCCAUGUUUAUUGUGUCCAUGACUGCUAUUAACAGGUAUUUCUGUGUUGUCAAACCUAAUCUAUACAAGACAAUCUUCACUCGUAAGUCAACUAUUAUAGUCAUAAGUACUACGUUGGUAAUAAGCAUGGCGAUAAUAAUUGGAAUCCCUACUGGACUAGAAGUUAAGUAUCAGUUUGGACCACAUCUAUUUUGCAUCCCUGUUUUUCCUACAAAGAAGCUACAGAUGGCCGUCCUUCUCCCCGCACACUUUGCCUUCAUAUCUAUCCCAAUGUUGACCAUCUUCGUCUGUUACUUCAAGGUAUUUCGCCAUGUCAGGCAACAUGUUAACAAAGUGGCUCCAUCUUUAUCGAGGGCGAAAACUCAGAAUCUCAAGUCACGAGUCGAGGAAGUGAAAAUCACUAAAGUAGUGUUCGCAGUCAUGAUAGUGUUUUUCUUGCUCUGGACACCUGUCUGUGUCAUAGGAACACUGUUUUUGAUUGGCGUGUUUAUACCGCGCUGGGCGCAUUUAACGUACGAUUAUCUGGUCAUAACAAGUGCUGCUACAAACCCUAUACUGUACGGCUUUCUUAAUCAAACAUUCAGGUCGGAAUACGCCAAGAUUUUAGGCUGUAAGAGUCUGCAACGAAGGCGACGCAAUGAUUUGACGGAGAUAGAGUUCAGCGCGAGCCACACACAACGAGAAAACAGGAUUCGAAUAAAAUGAAAGUGUGAAAGAACAAACAUUGUGAACGAAAGCAUUUAGGGCCGCUCGUGUUUAGCACAAUGUAAAACUUUUUAAUUUAAUCUAGUAUAAAAAGAUGUCAAGAGGUCCAACAGACAAGUUUCAAGACGGGAUGAUACAGGGUGUGAUCUUUAGCUGAGUUGUCCACAUGUUUCAGUGCAGGUGUAGUUUUACUUUUCGUGAAACGUUCUUAGUUUGCGUCGUGAAAGCCUACGAGGCAAGCCGUAUGUCCGUCAUACGAUGAAGCUUCGCAAGGUCGUUGCACACGAGUUCUGAUUACUUCGCGUCAAGGAAACAUUAUCGUUGUAAAAAAAAAAAAAAACUUUUCUAAUUACCACCGCAAGUACAGCAGUGGCGCAGCUCAACGAUGUCGAACUGAAAGCAUGUGAAGGUGCCUCUAGCAGCCAUGUAUGAAUAAUUUGUUAUACAGUCCAUUUAUGAACUGUAAAGUUCAGUUUCUGGGAAAUUUGUUUCUAAGAUAUAAAAUUG